AUGGCCCCGUCCCUUUUCAGCAACGAAUACUCCCGCGGCCCGCUCUACCAAUACUGGAAAGAGCGCGGCGAUGAAGAGAGGGCGCUCCGCGCGCGACGGAUCCAGGAAGCCAAACUCCGCAGUAAAGGCAUCCAGCCCAUGGGCUCAACCUAUGGCCCAUCGAGUAACGACCAAUACGCAAGUCGAGCCACGAGUGGUCCGCCGGCUUAUAGCCCCGACAACCCGAACUACGCAGCAGAGACCGCUGGAGCCACUACGCUGGGACUCGAACGAGACGGAGAAAGUCGUCCUGGUUCUGCGAUUUCCCAGUCAACGAUGCCGCCUGUCGAAGGCGAACCACACACCGAACCGCUACCGUCAUAUCAUAUGGCGGUCGGUGGUGGGGCCACGAGCCAAACGCAAGAACAGCCGACCCUGCCCUCUCCAUCCACUUCCGCCGCUACCCGUGAUACGGGUUCCCUAUCUCUGUCCGCAGAGGAAGAAAAGGCCCGACUGCAGCAGAGGCAGCAGAUAGAAGAUGAUGCAGCGAUCGCGCAGACACUGAGCAAUGAUGAUGGAGCGCACUCUGAAGCGAACAGCCUUACAGGCUCAGACAAUGCACAGCCAGAAACUCGGCGCACUAACAGCGAGAGUGGGACACAGGCUGGUCCUUUUCAGCAGAGAAGAAAAAGCACAGCGGGUAAGAUAGGCAGAUGGCUCGCUGAUGCUGCAAGUGGAUAUACCAAAAGACAGGAACGUUGGUGA